AUGGAGUCCAGAAAGCAGUCUCGAAAAUUGUGCCAAGGCUCGCUCGCCUUGUUGUGCACGGUAGUCAUCGUAUUCCUCACCAUCUUCGUUGUCCUCCAUCCCAUCUACAUCACGGCCAAUGGAGCCCUAUCGAGCACCGAGCGCUCGGUGUACAUCACGGGGGUGACUGUGGCCGGCACCAUCUGCACAGCCUUUAUAACUUCAGCGCUCCAGCAGCUCCUCGCAAGGAAGUUCGACUGCAAGCUGGAGAGCUGGAACCAGAGGAUCCCACUUCAGCCUCUCAACAGGGAGUGGAGGGCAGUGACGAACUUGGACAACUUUUUCGCCAAGUUUCGAACCAUCCAGAUACACUACAGAUACUGGAUUGCUGCUCUGACCACAGCAAUAUUGACAGCCAGCCUGAGCCCGACGGCGACGACACGCGAGUUUGGCUAUGUCCAGCAGGUUCAUGAUGGACCCAGCACGCAGAUGCGGACGGUUGGUAACUGUACCGGGGUCUUCAAGCUGCCUCUCCAAGACCCUAACUGGCCUUACUACUGGGACGUUGGCAACGACGAGGUGUUUCUUGUGCAGACGAAACAGGGGGACUGUCCGACGCGUGACGCCCAGCUCAUGGUCGGCAACAUAAACACCCUUGACCCCGACCUCUACUCCUACAUGGACGCUGGCGUUGCAGUACACCGAUCGGCAAACGGCGUCCCCAGGACCAUGUAUUCCCCAGAGGAUGUGUCUGCUCCAGAUCUAGAUCGGAUGCUGCAAUUGUAUGGAGCUGACCUCGUCUCAACCCGUCAGUGCUCCCGCGUCAUGGUUCGAAAUCCAAUCUCCUGCCAUCCUGGGGGCACUAUCGUCUGGGGAACCCAGUGGCUCAACGUCAGUGCUGAUGACGGCCACUGCAGCGCAGCCAGGAGGUUCUCGGAAGCCGAGUUCGCUCACUACUACAGUGGCGGCGGAGGCGUCAUGCUCAAGACCAUGUGUGCGCAUGGAGAGAUUGGCCAGGGCACAAUGGUGAUCGGUGCCGAAGGUGGCUACGCCCACUGGCUGGCAGUAUCCGUCAAUGAUACCGCAAGGGCUCCUCCCACGGCUCCCGGCUCGACCUACGUGGUCACUUGCACCGUGGAUGCCCGAGGUGCCUUCGAAUACCGUGAGGUCUCGUUGCAACUUCGAGGCACUGGCGCAGCGCAAAACCGCUACAUGCGCUAUCUGAAAGCCACAGGCAACUCAUGCAAAGGGCCGCCCAUCAUCCGAGACGUCAUUGCGACAGCUGCGUCUGCGAAUUGGCAGACCCUUCUGCAGGGAGCUGGAGCAGACGGCUGGUGGGAUCUUGUCUGGGAAGCUUCAAAUACUGGCCAUGGCCCGCGGUCAGGCCCUUUUGGCUUCACACAGUCCACCAACGCUCUUGAGGAUGUCCUUGGCCUAGUUGCCGCCAUGGUCACAGCACGGAUGAACUCAACCACGACCCAUACCUUCAACAGCACCGCUGUGGUGGAAGCAACAAGAGUUGGCAAUGGACAGCGAUCGUCCUUUUGCUUUGCUAUACCCCCGAUCCUGGUGGCUAUAAUACUCAUAGGAAUGCUCUUUGGUGCGAUACAAAGGCGUGCUCCUACGAUCGACUCUACCGAGUUGGAGGACCUGAUAAACCUAAAGGCAUAUGAAGUUUCCCAGAAUGACAUGAGAGAGAGCUGGAUUCCUUGA